AUGUCGGAUCCUUCAUACUUAAUCUACAGCUACUUCCGCUCUUCUUGCUCUGCCCGGCUUCGAAUCGUGCUGAACCUCAAAGGCAUCGAGUAUGACGUAAAAACAGUCAAUCUCCUCAAAAACGAGCACCUCGCCAGCGAACACAAGGCGCGCAACCCAACAGCCACGGUGCCUUUGCUGAUCCGCACUGCGGGUGAUGGGAGCGUCUUCAAAAUCGGCCAAUCGGUGGCCGCCAUCGAAUUCCUGGAGGAAACACACCCCCAAGGCCAUCACAUCCUGCCGCCCGCGUCGAAUCCUGAAGCGAGGGCGGCCACACGUGCUCUGGCUGGCAUCAUCGCCUGCGACCUGCAGCCAGUCACAAACAUGAAGAUCAUGAAGCGGAUCAGGGCAAUGGGGGGCAACGCGGAGCAAUGGAACCUGGAGAUUAUGACGGAAAUCCUCGAGGCCUAUGAAAGCGCCGUCAGGGAUUGGGCCGGCGAGUAUUCUGUGGGUGACGAGAUCACCUUGGCCGAUGUAUGUCUGCUGCCGGCUGUGUGGAAUGCUCAGAGAUACGGCGUUGAUCUCGACGCAUUCCCAAUCAUUACCAGGAUUAGCGAAAAGCUGGGCAAGCAUCCGGCUGUGAUCAAGGCGCACUGGCAGAAUCAGCCUGAUACACCGGAGGAACUGCGCGCAAAAUGA